AUGGAAAAGCAGGAAUCUAACUUUUUAAUCGACUUUUUAAUGGGUGGUAUCUCCGCCGCGAUUUCAAAGACUGCCAAUGCUCCAAUGGAAAGAGUCAAGUUAUUGAUCCAAAAUCAAGAUGAAAUGAUCAAGCAAGGUACUUUGGACAGAAGUUAUACCGGUAUUGCUGAAUGUUUUAAGAGAACUGCUGCCCAAGAAGGUAUUGUUUCUUUUUGGAGAGGUAACACUGCCACUGUUAUUCGUUGCUUCGCAAUUCAAGCUUUAAACUUUGUCUUCAAAGAUAAUAUCAGGACUGCUUUUAACUUCAAGAAGGAAGAAGGUUAUGGUAAAUGGUUUGCUGGUAACUUGGCUGCUGGUGGUGUUGCCGGUGCCUUGUCUUUGUUGUUUGUCUAUUCUUUGGAUUAUGCUAGAAUUAGAUUGGCUACUGACUCCAAAUCUGUCAAGAACGAUGGUAAACGUCAAUUCAACGGUUUAAUUGAUGUUUACAAGAAGACUUUGGCUUCUGAUGGUUUUGCUGGUUUGUAUAGAGGUUUUGUUCCAUCUGUUAUUGGUAUUAUUGUUUACAGAGGUUUAUACUUUGGUUUGUAUGAUUCUUUGAAACCAGCUGUUUUGACUGGUUCCUUAGAAGGUUCCUUCCUUGCUUCUUUCUUGCUAGCUUGGGUUGUUACUAUUAGUGCUUCUACUGCUUCUUAUCCACUGGACACUGUUAGAGCAAGAAUGAUGAUGACUUCUGGUCAAGCUGUUAAAUAUGCUGGUGCCUUGGACUGUUUCAAGAAAAUUGUUGCUGCUGAAGGUGUUUCCACCUUGUUUAAAGGUUGUGGUGUUAACAUCUUGAAAGGUGUUGCUGGUGCCGUUUUUAUUUCCUUUUAUUAUCAAUUGCAAAUGAUCAUGUUCGGUAAGAAAUAUAAAUGA